ACAGGUUCUCAAAGCCCAAGUGAAUAUUUCAAAAAUGGCGUAAAGUUUUGCAGCUUUAGUUUCACGCCGUUUUUUUUUUUGAAAAGUUUCGUGAAAAUUUAUGUAUUUUCAUCGUGUCUCUGGUAGUGCAUGUUUUCAGUGAUAAUUAUUACGCGGGUAAAGUGAUAAAAGUUUAAAAUGGAGGCUGUUAAAGCCUUUAAUGCAGAGCUCUCCUCGCUCUAUGAAGUCAAACCACCAAUAUCAAAAGCCAAAAUGACGGCCCUCACUAGGGGGGCUAUCAAGGCUAUAAAGUUCUACAAGCAUGUAGUGCAGAGUGUGGAGAAGUUCAUCCUGAAAUGCAAGCCGGAGUACAAGAUUCCAGGACUUUAUGUCAUUGACUCUAUUGUCAGGCAAUCCAGACACCAGUUUGGAGCCGAAAAGGAUGUUUUUGCCCCUAGAUUCUCGAAAGGCUUACAACAGACCUUUGUUAAUUUGUUCAAGUGUCCCCCAGAGGACAAGAGUAAAAUCAUCAGAGUGCUAAACCUCUGGCAAAAAAACCAAGUGUUUGCUCCAGAAGUUAUCCAACCCCUUUUUGAUCUUGCUGACCCGAACAAUCCGAUUCACCAACAAAUCGCACAGCAGCAAAGUACGCCGGUCCAACAACAAAAUGGAGCACAAGCACAAACUGUGAAAGGUUCGCCGGCCCUCCAAAGGACUCCGACGAAAGCCAACCAGUCAACCGCAUCGGAGGCACCCACUUCUAACUUGAACUUGACCGAACCAGUUCUCCAGCAGCUGCAACAACUCCAGCGUUUGCUCACCAAAGGAGCCGAUGCCGCGGCUAGGCCAGAGCAGCCAGUCCAUUUUGACAAGAAACUUUUAGAUUUUGACUAUGAUGAAGAUGAAGACGAGGUCAAUCCCAGUCCUCGACCUCCUCCACAGGCUCCGGUGUCUGCUGCAGAUCCAGUUGCUAGUUUACUGACAAACCCAGAAGUUCUUCGACAGCUGCAAACGCUUCAAAACACACUCGCAGGAGCGGUAAAUCCGGGUAUAGAUUCAGAAUCCGACCGAAUGAGGAAACUACAAGAAAUGAAAAUUCAAGAAGAUGAAUUUGAUAAACACCUUGCACAAACCGUACCGAAUCUACCAUUUGCUUCUGAAUGCGACUUUAAAGUCUCCCAAAGUACCACUAUGAUUGGAGGUCUACAGUUUAUACCACCUCAACCAAAUAUGUCACAGAUUAGCCAGCAAUACGAAAUGCAAAUGAGCAGUGGUUCAAUGUUUGCAUCGCAGCAAAGCGGGAACAAUGAAGUAGAGGUAAUUACACUAGAUCAUGACGAUUCUCAAUCAGACGACGAUAGGUAUAAAAGAAAGAGGAGUCGGUCACGGUCGCGAGACCGAAAAGAUGACCGACGGCGUAGGUCGAGUAGGUCUAGAUCAAGAUCUACAUCAAGAACAAGAUCUAGAAGACAUCGAUCCAAGUCAAAAGACAGAAAAGAUCGAGAGAGACGAGAAAAAGAAAGAGAAUCUGAACGGGAUAAAGAGAGAAAAAAGCGAGGAUUGCCUACAAUUAAAAAAGAUCAUUUAUCAGUUUGCAGUACUACGUUAUGGGUGGGACACUUAUCGAAGUUGGUGCACCAAGACGAUCUCUCUAAUACUUUCGGCGAAUUUGGUGAGAUUAUUAGUAUCGAUUUAAUAAUUCCGAGGGGUUGUGCCUUUAUCGUUAUGAACAGGCGACAAGAUGCGUCAAGAUGUUUAGCUAAGUUGAAGAAUUAUAAUCUGCACGGCAAAGCCAUAACGUUGGCCUGGGCACCCGGUAAAGGAGUAAAAGGCAAAGAUUUUAAAGAUUACUGGGAAGGUGAUCUUGGUGUAUCAUACAUACCAUGGAAAAAGCUUAAGGAAGAUACUGAUUUAGAAGCUUUAGAGGACGGAGGAAUGAUAGACGAAGAUACUAUGCCUGAAUGGAUGAAAAAGAAAAUGGAAGGAUCCACAAAAGUGCUGGAACCUCCGCCACCUUUCUUAAUGGGAGUAGAUGCAUCAAACCAUUCAACAAUCGAUACAAGUCAACCGCCACCGUUACCGCCGCCCUCUAAUAUCAUGCAACCGCCGAUGCUGCCGCCCAUGGUUAAUCCAUUCCAACUCAACAAUAGAUUUUUGGGAAUGAUCCCAAAUAUGGCUAAUCUUGGUAAUUUGCCAUUAGGAGUGCCUCCUCCAAAUAUGGCACCGCCGCCGAUGAUGCCCAAUUUGGGAUUGGGACUGAGUACGCCAUUUCAAGGCCCACCAGGCUUUAUGCCUCCAUCCAUACCGCCACCUUCUCAACCAGAGAAUAAACCGCCUCCACCUACUUCUGCGGAGGGACAUCUGCGUAAUCUUAGCGAGUCACUUAUGAGCUUGGCUGGACAGCCUCUCACAAUGCCACCGCAAACUAUGAUGAGUCACCCGCCGCCCCCAAUACAUAAUAAUGAUGAUAAUAUGGACGUCGAGAUGGAAGAUGCCGCUCAUCCAGACCUUAACAAACCACCGCCAUUUAUGUCACUCACUGAUCACCUUCAAAAUAAUAUGAAUCAACAAAACUAUAAUAGAGAAAAUAGACGAGAUGAUAUGAGAUUUUCACCAGGAAGAAGAGAUAAUAGAGAUCGAAGGGAUGAUAGAGGUCGGAAACGGAGUCGUAGUAGAGAUAGAGAUAGAGAUAGAAAUGAUAGAGCUGGUGGGAGAGACCGCGACCGCCGUGACCGAGAUAGAGAUAAUAGAGACAGAGACUUUGGUCGUGGACGGGAUAGAGAUAGACGAGGUGGAGAUCGCGGUAACAGAUGGGGUGGAGCGGAUCGUAGGGAUGAUCGUCGUGGAAAUGAUUCUGCAGAACGCGGAGGCCGACGCGGAGACGACCGGGAUGGCAACGAUAAAAGAAAACGAGAUGGUUCCGAUAGGAAGUCUGAAAGCAAAGAUAGAAACGAUAGAGAUAAAAACCUUGGCUCGAGAACAAAAGAAACGACCGGAAGUAAUUACGAUGAAGCUGGCAAACGUGAUACCGCCAGACAAUCCCCUAAACGGGGCUCAAGUGACGGUGCGCUCAAUUUCGAGCCUCCUACAAAUGAUGAUCUUUUCUCCGGACUACCACCGCCAUCGAAGCCUCAGGACAAUUUCAGAUCUCCAGCGGAAGCGAGAAACCCAAGCCCGCCCGGAAACCCCAAACCGGCUACUCAGGAGGCUCCUCCAAAUGAUUCGGGUGCCUCUAUGAAUCCCGAAGGGCUUCAGGCAGACUUCAGUACCAAACAAGAUAGUCAAGAAGCUUCUGCUAUACAGCCAUAUAUGUCACAAGGGUUUCCUCAGGACGAUCAAGGUUCGCGGUACGGUUAUGACGAAAGCCAACAACAACAAUACGGAUUUGGAACUCAAAUUCCGUAUGGAUCAGAAGGACCUGGACCAUUUCAACCCGAUGGCCCUCCGGGAGGACCGUUUGGACAUGACGGGCCACAUUUUGGCGAAUUUGGACCGCACGGGCCAGAAAGGUUCGGACAUGACGGACCCAGAUUUAGAGAUGACGGACCUCCAUUUGAAGGUGAUGGGUUUGGUAACACAAUGAUGAACGGUCCGCCAUUUGGAGAUUUUGGAUCAGAGUUUGGUCCUCCGCCAUUUGAUGGGCCUCCAGAAAGAUUUAUGCGAGGUGGAAGAAGAGGACGAGGAAGAGGUCGCGGAAGAGGAGGCAGAGACGAUUUCUUCCCUCCGCGCGAUGAAUUCGGGCCGCCGCCAAUGAUGGACGAUGGCUUUGGCCCCCCACCGAUGAUGGACGAGGCUUUCGGACCGCCAAUGGGAGAUGACUGCUACGGACCUCCAAUGAUGAGAGACGAUUUCGAGCCUCCAAUGAGAGGCGACUUUUUCCCUAGAGGUGCCAGAGGGCGUGGUAGAUUUUUCAAAGGCGGACCAAGGGGUAGAGGAGGUCAGUUUAGAGAUGGCUUUAAUCCAGAAUUCGACGGUCCUCCGGAAUUCUUCCGGGGCGGCAGAGGUCGUCCGUUCGGUGACUUUAGAGGCCGAGGACGUGGUUUUAGGGGCGGACGUGGACGUCACGACUUCUUCGAUGGUCCACCGCCGGAAUUCUUCAACGGUCCGCCAGGAUUCGAAGGUGGUCCCCCAGGAUUUGAAGGAGGACCUCCGUUCGAGGGUGGCCCACCGUUUAUAGAUGACGCACCGCCGGCAGAGUUCGAUGGUGGCAGGGGCCGAGGUAGGGGCGGCAGAAAAAGAGGCCGAACGUCACGGUGGGGAGGCGAGGAUGGACCGGAAGAAGAAAUACCAGUUGCCCCUCCUGGCGGAGGUACACCACUUCGUGACGAAAUCGACGAUUGUGCUCCAGUAAUUGAUUUCGCACCGGAACCUGAAACUGCGCCGCCAGCGUUUGAACCCGAGGAUGUCGCCAUUGCCGCCACCGCUCCCGAGCCUCAAGCAGAACCACCAUCGGCUCCGCCCGCCGAAGGCGGCGACGACACGGCAUCGGCUGAAUGAAACAGCAUAUUGGUAGAAUAGGUAGAGUAGUUAAAUCGAUAUAUUCAUUUAUAAAAUCUGGUAUUUCCGUUUGGUCAAGCUAGUUAUCACUAUGGACACUAAAUAUUUUGUGGUUUAGUGCAAAAACUCAACUUAUGAGUAUAAUACAUAUUGUUGUAUAGUUUAGGGAAAGCAAUAUUUACUCAGCAGUUCGGAAAUGAGUUUAAACAAAGUAAUUUUGUUCGCUUUUAGUUGAAUGUAUUUUUAAUAUAUUGAACGUUCAUUUCGUUUUUAUAUAGUUAGCAAUUUUAGUAUAUGAUUUGGUUGGACUUAGUAAAAUGUGUUUUAAUCACUAAAUAUUAUUUAUGUAUAGAUAUGAGUAAAUAAAUGGCUUCACUUAAAUAAC